GUAAGACAUUUGGCAUUGGCACAGAUCCGUGGGUGAUUGUCAAAAUAGUAGCAUGUUUUCUCGAUGAUACUCCAGCGACGUGAUUUAAAAUUUUCCGUAACGACUUCGUAGCUUCGCCAUCUCCCAGACGAUCAGGUGCGAGGCCAGUGACAAACAGAAGAUGAUUUUAAGAAAAUGUUCCUCGACCCUGUCGUUGUUGCCGUGCAGGUUAAAUGCAGUUCUUGUCGAACGAAGAGCAGCCAGCACCACUUCGUCCAGUCAAAAACCUGUCAAGUUGGCAUAUGCAUCGUACGAGUCAACGAAUCAUGAAGCGUUAGAUACAAAAGCUCCAAUUUUGAUAAUGCAUGGUCUCUUUGGUUCCAAAAGCAAUUGGAACAGCUUGUCAAAAACCAUUCAUCAGAAGACGAAACGAAAGGUAAUCACCAUCGAUGCCAGAAAUCAUGGAGAUUCACCACAUGCUGCACAGCAUACAUAUCAUCAUAUGUCAGAAGAUAUAGCAUUACUAGCAAAAGAUUUAGAAAUUAAGAAACUUAUUCUUAUGGGCCAUAGUAUGGGAGGUGGAGCUGUCAUGUAUACAGCAUUGAGUUACCCUGAGUUGGUUGAAAAACUUAUUGUUGUUGAUUUUUGUCCUACUAAAAUGAGCCCUAGUCUAUUGGGAAUGAACCAAUUGUUCGAUGCUAUGAGGUCCAUAUCUUUAGAAGGUGCACCGUCAUUAACUAAAGCAAGGAAAUUAGCAGAUGAGCAACUUUCUGUAAACGUCAAAUCAAACGCAGUUCGACAGUUUUUAUUGACUAAUUUGGUCGAAUCUGAGCCUGGGAAAUACAAAUGGCGGAUAAAUCUUCCUGUUUUAGAAGAGAGUUUUCCUACUCGCAUUGCGAAAUUCACACACGAAAAAGAUAGAAAGUUCAAUGGUCCAGUGUUAUUCAUCGGUGGAACUGAAAGUGAUUAUCUAAAAGAAAGUGAUCAUCCAUUUAUUCAAAAGAUAUUUCCAAUGGCUAAGUUUCAUUAUAUAACUGGUGCAGGACACUGGGUACAUGCAGACAAACCAAAAGAAUUUCUAGAUUGUUCAACUAAUUUUAUUAAUGAAGAACAUUAAUAAAAACAAAUUGGCAGGUGAAUAGUCCUAAUCCUAAUUGUGUUCAUUAGUAAUUAUUCUUCAAUUCUAUAAAUACUUUCAUUUUAUGAACACAGAGUCAAAUAUGUUAUAAAUAAAAUAUUUCUACAAUAACAGUUUACAUAAAAUCUUUGCAAUUCAAAUUCGAUGAAUGACUUCAACUCGCAUCGAUUUUUGUUCAGUUCAAAUUUUAAAUGCAUCUUUUAUUUUUGCAAACGAUAGAACAAUAAGUUACAUAGUCCAAAUAAGGCAUGAAAGCUAUUGCUCAUGUUCAAAGUGAAAAUCGUACAUGAAAUAUUGUGUAGAUUUGAUAGCAGCUGCUAUCGUUUACUUGUGAUGUACCAAAACUUUGUAAAAUAUAAAUACAAAGUUAAAAUUGUAAAUUAUUUAUACAAAGAAGAAAAGGAAAAAUUAUUUUAUAUCACCCGUGAUAUAAAUUGAGUAUAUAUGUGAUGAAUAUACAAUUAUAUAUAUAGUAUGUACAAAGUAAUAAAUUGAUUUAAUGAUAUUACAUUCUUUAGAGCCAA